CAAUCCUCACCCUCGGUUCGGGACGACGACGAUGACAAGCAAAAGAACAAGCGCAUGGCAUGUGUCGAGUGCCGCCAGCAAAAGUCCAAGUGUGACGCGCACGAACAGACGCCGCGUCCGUGUACCCGUUGCCAGAAGCGCGGGCUCCCGUGUACCCUCAAAUCCGACUACAAGCGCACGUACAAGCGUGCGCGCAUCGCGCAGAUGGAGAAGGAGUUCCAGGAGUUGCGCAAAACGUUGACCGAAGCGGGUGCGGCAAAUCUUCUCCAAUCGCUUGCCUCUCCGGGAAAUACAAACAACAAUGGAGGCGGGUUUAAUGUCGGUUAUAGCGCCAAUGGCACUUCCAAUGGCAGUUUCAACCAAGGCACCCCGAACACAACUCACAUACAUAGUAUACCUCUUGUUCCUGGGCAGAUCCCUAUAGGUCUUGGGCCGGUCCAAGACCACCGAGGAGGGUUCCAGAAUCUGCCGAGCCUCGCCCUCGCCGCAGACAUGACGAGUCGCCCCGCCGUGGCAGGGCCACGGCUGGUCCACCCCGCACCCUCCUCCUCCUCUUACACCAUCCCCGUCUACGACCUCCCCGACGAGCUUCUCGCCUGUGAGGCCAAAACCAUUGGCGAUGUCUCCCUCUCUCCCUCCCAAAUCGCCGGUCUCUUCCGUGAAUACGUCAACAACUACCAUCCCAUCUUGCCCGUGGUCGACGUCUACAAGGGCCCGGCAAGAACCUAUCGCCUCUGUCCCGCGCUCUUCUGGACCGUGAUGCUCACAGGUCUCCGUCGCUACGCGGCGCCAGACUCACCGGCGCUCCUCAUGAAACUCGUGCCGGUGCUCAAGUCGGUUUUGGCCGAGAUCACCAUCUCGCCCAUCACCCGCUACAACCCCAGCGAAAUGGACGAGCCCAUUCUCAACGACUCGCUGGUCUACUCCGUCCAGGCGUUUCUCCUUUGGACGUUCUGGCCGCCACUCACCUCUUCUCUCAGCGCCGACACCUCAUGGACGACCGUCGGGACGGCCGUCUUCAACGCGAUCCGCUUGGGGAUCCACCACCCGAGCGGAAAUUCGGGCAACUCGUACGACUCGGUGGUCUCAGGCAAGUCCACGCCAUCGCUCCUCUCGGGCGAAAACCUCCAGACGUGGAUCAGCUGCAACAUUGUUUCGCAAAUCAUUGCCACGGCCUUUGGGUUUCCGGCCUUUGUCUCGUUUGACACAUCGGUGUUGCACACGGCGAAGCAUCCGCUUCCGGAGAGCUUGAAGCAGAUGAUGGAGAUUGCGCACAUGGAGGACCAGGUGGCAAAGACAUUAAACUCGGAGAGAACGGACACGCUUGGUAUUUUGGACCCGGCGGAGCGGUUGCCGUUGUUGCAUGUGUUAGGGAAACAGUUUGACGAGUUAGAGGAGAGGCCAAAGCCAGACCUAGCUGGCACCGGGUCUAGGCUCGAUGCGUACCGCAAAUUCCAACUCCUCGCCGGCCGCGUCCACCUCCUCUCCUACUACUUCCUCGACACUGCGCGCAUCUCCCAGUUCGAGCUCGACCGCGGGCUUGUGCGCGCGUACAACGCCGCGCUCGCACUCAUCCAGCACUGUCUGCUCGCGCAACAGCACACCAAGCGCUUUGUCAAGUAUCUCCCAGCGGUCUACAUCCUCACGAUCUGGCAGGCUGCCUGUGUGAUUGCCAAACUUUCCCACUCCCCCCUCAGCGACGUGCUUGACCUUGGCUCGGGCAAGGAAAUGUUCCUGGCGGCGGUUCGCCUCGCCCUGCGUGCAUCUAUCCUCAAGCACGACCUCGCCUACCGCUCGUCGGGGAUCAUGCGCAACAUGUGGCAGCUCUUUGGCCUGAUGAACGCGCGAAACUUGAUGAGCACUGGCUUGACCAUCAACGGGAAGAUGUCUGCUUCCAUCUUUUUCGACUGCUUGUUAAUUUUGCGCCAACAGGUGAGCAUGACCAAGGGCCGCACGAGCACCAGUGUAGCGCUCAUCUCCGACGAGUUCAACAGCUCGUCAGACGAGGAGGCGGUCAAUGAUGCGGGCCAGCCGGUGAGCUCGCGCAAGCACUCGGUAUCGUCGUCGGGCUCAAGCACGAAGCGUCUGCGUCCCGAGAAUGACGCGCGGAAGAUCAUCCUGACAGUGCCGUUGGAUCCCCAGCCAAUU